AUCUUUACUUUUUGUUUCCUGCUUUGUUUUUGAUUUUCGAUGGUAAGGCCUCCUUGCUGCGACAAGCUGAACCUUAAAAGGGGUCUCUGGACUGAAGAGGAAGAUGCAAAGAUACUUGCAUAUGUCUCAAAGCAUGGCACAGGAAACUGGACUGCUGUUCCUAAAAAAGCAGGACUUAAGAGAUGUGGGAAGAGCUGCAGACUAAGGUGGACUAACUACCUGAGGCCUGAUCUUAAGCAUGACAACUUCACACCUCAAGAAGAAGAGAUGAUUGUUAGGCUUCAUGCAGCCAUAGGUAGCAGGUGGUCCAUCAUAGCCCAACAACUUCCUGGGAGAACAGACAAUGAUGUCAAAAACUACUGGAACACCAAGUUGAGAAAGAGGCUUUCUGAAAUGGGAAUCGAUCCCGUUACUCAUAGGCCCUUCUCUCAAAUACUUGCUGACUAUGGAAACAUUGGUGGCCUCCGAAAACCCGGGACAAGAAUUGGAUCUCUCAACAAAGAUUUGAAGAGUGCAGUUAUGUUUAAAUCUGAACUAUAUCCAGCCCCAUUUCAAGCAUUCCAAAACAUCAACAGCCAAUUGAUGCCUGCAAUAAUGGCAACCCAAGAUACCCUUCUGAAUUACAAUCAUACUGACUGCCGCUCAUUGGAUCUUCUGGCCGAGCUCCAGGCUAUAAAACUGGUCACAGAGGCCUCAAUUUGGACCAAAAACAAGACUAUCCCACCGCCGAUAAUCUUUGUUGAAGACUCGUUGCCGUCGCCCUCGCCCUCGUCGUCUUCGUCAUCAUCUUCUCCUACUUGUUCCACUGCAGCUCAAGAAAAGUCACCCCUAGACUUCAGCUGGCAUGACUUUCUUCUUGACGAAGAAUUUCUACCAGCUGAUCCACAAGAAGAAGAAAUCAUGGCUGAGAAUUCAUCAAAGGAAUUGAAGAGCCAAAAACAAAACGUGAUACCUCAAUGUGAGACCAACAAUGAGGCUGCUAUCCAAGAAUCAGUUAAAGCUACAGGAAUAGAACGUGCAGUCCUAAGCAAUGACUGUCAAACUUCAUCACUCUCUGGCAUUUCUUUUGUGGAAGCCAUGCUAGAUCAAGAACCAGAAAUGUUCUUAGACUUCCCAAACCUUUUGGAGGAAUCACUCUACUACUGAAUUCCCCUCCAAGUUUGCAGAGGGCAUAGAUAUAUGUAAUGGGCUGAGCAUAUGGACUUUUUUUACUGUUUCUUUUAAACCUCUUCUGCAUUUAUGGGUUCAUUGUGCUUUUAACCAUCGAUU